AUGGAUAUGAGUAUCAAUUCAUUCAAAGGAUUGUUAAACAGAUCUCUAGUAAGAUCAACAGGGAUCCUUUGCACUUUGCAUAUUGCAGACUAUCCAGUUGGACUCGAGUCUCGAGUGUUAAAAAUUAAUUCUCUUCUAAGAGUUGAGUUGGACAAUGAAGUCAACAUGAUAGGAAUAUGUGGAAUUGGAGGAGUUGGGAAAACGAAAAUUGCACGUGCUGUGUAUAACUCAGUUGCUGAUAACUUUGAAGGUUCAUGCUUUCUCCAUGAUGUCAAAGAAAAUUCAAGUAAACUUGGCCUUGAACAAAUGCAAGAGAGAAUGCUUUCAAAAAUUAUAGGGCAGGAUAUCAAGCUGGUGUAUGUUAACGAAGGAAUUGCUGUAACAAAACGAAGACUCACUCAAAAGAAAGUUCUUUUGAUUCUUGAUAAUGUUGAUAAACGAGAGCAAUUGGAAAAACUCGCAGGUGAUUGUUAUUGGUUUGGUUCUGGCAGUAGGAUUAUUAUUACAACAAGGGAUAGGCAAUUACUUAAAAGGCAUGGUGUUGAAACAAUAUAUGACGUGAGGGAAUUCAAUGAGGAAGAAUCUCUUGAAUUGUUAAGCUGGAAUGCCUUUAAAAGUUGUAACGUUCAUCCAAGUUACAGGGAAGUUGUGAGUUGUGCAAUACAGUGUGCCCAAGGCCUUCCAUUAGUUCUCGAAGUAAUAGGUUCUCACUUGUUUGGUAAGUGUAUAAAUGAUUGGAAAUCUGCAUUAGAUGUCUAUAAAAGAAUUCCAAACAAAGAAAUUCAACAAAUACUGCAAGUAAGCUAUAAUAGCUUGCAAGAGGGAGAGCAGGAAACUUUACUUGAUAUUGCUUGUUUUUUCAAAGGGAAAGAGUUGGAAAAUGUCAAAGAUAUGGUGGAACUUGCUCAUGGUUUCGAUCCAAAUUAUUGUAUUGAAGUGUUGAAAGACAAAUGCCUUGUAAAGAUUGAAAAUGGUUGUAUUAAAAUGCAUGACUUGAUACAAGCCAUGGGAAGAGAAAUCAUUCGUCAUGAAUCACCGAGAGAGCCGGGAAAACGAAGUAGAUUAUGGUCCCAUGAAGAUAUUAUUCAUGUUCUGCAAAAAAAUACGGGUACAGAAAAAAUUGUUGUUAUAAUUCAGGAGCAUCAGUGUGGAAAUAUGAAAAUAAAUUGGGACAGAGUGGCUUUCAGAAGGAUGACAAAUCUAAAAAUACUUUUUCUCAAGGAGGCCUGGUUUUUAAAUGGUCCUCUGAAUCUUCCAGAUUGUUUAACGGUGUUGCAGUGGUGGGGAUAUCCGGCAUCUUGUUUACCAACUAAUUUUGAUCCUUCAAACCUCGCUGUGCUUGACUUGCAAGGAGGUUGCUUACGGUCUUUGGAACCUAAAAUAAAAUGGGAGAAUAUGACAACUUUGAAUCUUAGAAAAUGUCAAUUUAUAAGCCAGAUUCCUGAUGGAUCUGGCUUCCCAAACUUAGUUGAACUAAACCUGGAAGGUUGUUACAAUUUAAUUGAAAUUCCUGAUUCAAUGGGAUUUUUGGAGAAACUUGAAAUCUUUAAUGUUAGAUACUGUACAAAGCUCAGGGUUUUUCCUCGUGCAAUCAAGAUGCCCAAUCUUCUACACCUCGGACUUGAAGGCUGUAUAAAUCUUGAGAAAUUUCCAGAGAUAUUAGAAAAGAUGCAAUAUAUAGAAAAUCUUGAUUUGAGUGAUAGAAACUUAGAAUUGCCAUUUUCAAUUUGCAACAUAACUGGGCUUCGAAAUUUGAAUAUGAGAGGAUGUGGAAGAGUUAUUCUGCUACCAAGUAACCUUGCUAUGUUACAAAGACUAGAAGGGACAUCUAAUGAAGACCGUAGAGAAGGCCAAGAAGAAGGAAGCUUCCUGUUGUGUCCUAAUGUGGAGGUGAUUAGGCUUCCUGGGUGCGAUAUAUCAGAUGCAUUCCUUCCUAUAUGUCUUACUUGGUUCUCCAAUGUGAAAUGCUUAAACCUUUCUGUUAAUGGUUUUUCAAUCAUCCCGGCGUGCAUUAAAGACUGUUGUUUCUUGGAGAAGCGUUAUGUUGAUCCUUCCAAACAUCUGAGAGAAAUAAAUGGGAUUCCCCCAAAAUUAGAAGAAUUAUGGGCACGAGAUUGCUUAUGGAGAAGAACAUCACUGAGCCAGGAAUUACAAGAGGGUAGUGACAAACCUUUUUUCGUGCCUGGAUCAGCAAUUUUUGAAUGGAUUCACCAUAGCAGCAGGGGACCGUCCAUAUCUUUCUGGUUUCGCGGCAGAGCGCCAAUGAUCUCUCUCUGUUUUGUUAGAAAACAAAUGGUACUUGAUGUUUUAAGUGCUGAGGUAAAUGUUAAUGGUAGGAUAACAUUGUUCAAUGAAGGCGAUAUGAUGAAGGACACUAUGAUAAUCUAUUGUUCAAUGUCAUCUCAUUAUAUGUUAAUGAGUUGGGAUAUUAAGAUCACUGAUGAAAUAGGCCCUCUGCUUCUUAGUGGGUGGAAUCAUGUUAAGAUUUGUAUAUAUGAAGAUGUGUGGAGGCAUUUGAAAGAGAUGGGAAUCCAUGUAAAGGAAGAAGAUGGAAGAAUGGAGGAUAUCCGAUUCACAAAUCCUUAUAAAAGGACAAAAGUUGAAGUUUCGCAGUGGCAACUUGAUUAAAGUGGAAAUGACACCACAACUCAAGAAGGUGUUUUUUUU